AUGGAUGAGACAGGUUGGUUGGCGGAUCGCUCGAAGCUUUGGGGUCGAUUUGAUGAUGGGAUUGAUUUGGAGGGCUUGGCAGCACAGGUCUAUGUCACCCGCUUUGGAGUGCAGGAGUCCUGGUCCAGGGACCCGGUGUCGAAGGAAACCCGCUCGGUGUUUUUGGACGAUUUGCCCUGGGAAGUGAUUCCUCUGGUGGACACCGAGGAAGACGUGAAGACGGAGUAUCCCGAGGACCUCGAGGACCCCGAGGCCUCCGUGGCGCCCUGGGCGGAGACGGUCAGCGCGGCGGAGCAGGCGGCGGUGCUGAAAGCAAACGCGCAAGAGCUCGAUGCGGCGCAGACAGCUUUGAAGGACUUGGAACCCAGUAUGGGGAGGCAGGUGCGAAAAGCUUGGGAGUCGGCGAAGCGCGUUGUGGUGACCGGUGGCAUUGGUCAAGGAAAACGUGCUAUCUCUAAGAACGCUAUGGCAGAUUUGACCCUGGCAGAGCUAUGCACGGAGGUCUACAGAUUUCCUGUGCGAUUGAAAUUAGCUGACCUGCAAAAUCGCAAGGAUUGUGCUGAUGCGAUCCAAGACUUUUGUUCUUCGGAGCCGGCGAGCUGCGCUGCAUGCGCCUGGGAACGGCUGCCACCGCCUCCCUGGAUGGGGCGCUUUAACCACCAGGUGAUUUGCGUGGAUGGUAAAAUUCUCGUCACCGGCGGUGUUAGUACACAGACUGGAAAGCACCUGCAAGACGCCUGGAUCUCUACGGAUGGGCAGAACUGGGAGGAUCUCCCAGCCGCCCCAUGGCCGCCGCGGAGUAGUCAUCAGGUCGUGUGGUGGGAGGACCGAUUGAUCCUGUUGGGUGGCCUGGGUGAUGACGACCGGCGCUUUCGAGAUGCGUGGCAAACCACCGACUUCGGCCUCACCUGGCAAGAGCUUCCAUGUCCGAAAUGGUCUGGAAGGUUCGGUCACCGCUGCAUGGUGCUCUCCCUAGCAGUCAAGGCACCGGCCAGGCCAUAUCUGGUUCUGAUGGGUGGCAGUGGCGCGGGCAAUCGCGCCCUGAAGGAUGUCUGGGUUUCGGACUCUGGGGGUUUCUCCUGGACCGAGCUAGAGGCCUUGCCAUGCAGCCCCCGAUGGAACUUCCACGUGGCGAAUUUGAAUCAAUGUCUGUGGAUCACCGGGGGAGAAGAUGAAAAUCAUCAUUGCUUCAACGACUGUUGGGUGCUUCACGGUUGCCAGUGGAACCCCAAGGGCUCCGGGGUGUCUGCUAGCAAUGUCUCUAGAUGGAAGAGCGAAGCGACCUUAGGAGAAGAUGGCUGGCGGGGACCCUUCACAGCUCCCUGGUCGGCUCGCGCCCAACACCAGGUGGUGCCCUUCCGUGGCCAGCUGGCUUUGUUCGGUGGCUGCGAUGAAAAGAAUCAGGUGCUCUAUGACGCGUGGGUCUCCCAGGACGGCAUCACGUGGCAAGUUUUGCCACACUUUGCCUGGGCGCAAGCAGCAGGACGUGCAGGGCACCAGGUGCUGACCUUGCAAGACGGCCGCAGCAUGGUCUUUGGCGGUUUGGGUGGUGGACGUGAUGUGCUGCGCUCCAGGUCCUUGGCCGUUGUGAUCGAAGAUAUUCCUCCGACUUUUGCGGAAGAGGAGGCAGUGGUGAGGUACCUCAAUAGGCUGCUGCAAGAACCAGGACAUUUGGUGAUGUGCGUCACUUCCAUACCACUGCUGGAACGUCCCCUCCAAGGCGAGGAAGAGGAGCUGAACGAUGAAAGCGUCUACUCGUUGCUUCAGAGGUGGAAGUUCUCAGAGCUUCACGUGAAGCCGCUGGAAGAGACGCAUUUGCGAAAGCUCUGCCGCCGGUGGACCCAUGGCAUGGAACUUUCAGAGAAGGUCGAGGCGGAGAUGCUUCUGCCCGACAAUUAUGACCUGGUGAACAGCCCGCUUAUGGCCAUCAUGGUGCUACGGGCCUUGGCUCCCCGAAGCCGCGAGCGGCGCGAUCUCAGGCAUCCAUUGACGCGCUGCCAGCUAUAUGAGCACAUGUUCAAGCGCAUAUUUCAGAGCCAAAAAGCGGUGAAAGCCUACGACGACUCGGAGUUUCCGCUGCUACAGAAGCAGGGCAUGGCGACAGCUUGUUGCGAACUUGCCUACGAAGGCUUAGGCAAGCGCAGCCGCUGCAUCAAGUUACAUGAGCUGCAGGCCUUCAUUGCCUCGCUGGCGGGGAAGGAGGUGAAGGUGGAGCAGAUGGAGAGAUUGGUGAAGACUGCACAUGCUGGGCAGCUUCUCCUUCUUGAGGACUAUCAGCAGGGCGGCUUGAGAUUUCGCUAUCCCUCCAUGCAAGACUACUUGGCCGCACAAUGCGGUCUGAAGGAUCUUCCAGUCUUCCAAGAAAGGUCUACCAACGCCUCGUCGCAGCCAGAUCCAACCACCGAACACCGCGAGCGCGGCAAGCGCGUGGGCUUCGACUGCAUCUGGCUGAAAGACGAGUCGCAGCGGGCACCAUUGGCCUCGGUCGAGGGGCCGGUGACGGGGCACAUGGUGGGAAAGUACCACGUCCAAGUCGAGGACUUUGAGCGUUUCACCGUGCCCAUUCUGGACCGCGUGCUGAGUGAGAGCGCCAAUCAAGAGACUAUCUUUGUGUUCGACGAGAUCGGCAAGAUGGAACUGCUCAGUCGCGACUUCAUCUCGAGGGUUCAAAGGCUGUUGGAGAGCACGAAUCCCAAGUUGCACGUCCUGGGCACCGUGGCGGUCGCCGGGGGUGGCUUCAUCGCUCAAAGUAAGCGGCUCCGCGGCGUGGAACUGGUCGAGAUCAGCCAAGCGGACCGCGACGCCAAGACCGACGCGGUGGCCGCGAGGUUUUUGGCCGCCGGGCAGGACACCGGUCCACCUGCUCCAACCGGCGGCGCUCCACCGGGCCGGCCGAGCCCGGCGAAUCCAAAGGGCAGCCGGUGGCGGCCCAAGGCCAAAGUAAGUCCGGCGCAGGACACAGCACAAUUCACUCCUCCAGAAAGAAACAACUUUGCAACUGGAGAGACUGGGAAUGCAUCACUUGUUGCCAUGGGCAAAGCUGCUUAUGGACAGCUUGGCGGAGGCCCUGGCUUGCCCAGUUGCGGCACGCCGACGCCCGGGACGGGCGUCGCGCCCUUGUCUUCGCCGGUGGCCGUGUCCUGUGGCUUUGACCACACGGGGAUUGUGGCAGAGGACGGCCUCUACUUGUUUGGCCGGAACAACCGCGGACAGUGCGGGCGUCACGCCAGCGGCCAAAGAGGGGAGAAGGAGCCUCCAGAUUUCUCGGAAGAUGUGGCGUCUCCACGGCCCUGUGCCGUGCCGAGCAACGUCCGGGUGAAGGCUGUAGCCUGUGGCGGGGAGCACACCUUGGUGUUGACCGAGGACGGCCACGUCUUCGGCUGUGGUGACAACUCCUGCGGCCAGCUGGCACUAGGUGCUGGGUCUCCAAAGAUGUCUGCGCAACUGGAGCGCUGUGUCAAGCUGGGCCCGGCUGACGCAGUGACCGCGGGUUUCAAGCACAGCGCGGCGCUGUGCGGUGACGGAGGGCUGUAUUUGUGGGGAGCCAACAAUCAAGGUCAGCUGGGCUUGGGUCGGCGUCAGAAUGCGGUCCAUGAGCCGCAGAUCUUGGACGUGGGCGAAAAGGUCCGCGCGUGCGCCUUGGGUCGCUGGCACUCCUUGGCCGUCACUGUGACAUCGAUGGUUUGGGCCUUUGGCUGGGGGCGCUUUGGGGUGUUGGGCCAAGGAGAUUUUACAGAUCAUCACCAUCCAGUGCGUGUGGAGGGUCUACCUCUGCCCGUGCACCACAUAGCCUCGGGUGCUGUACACUGCGGUGCCAUCUGUGGGUCCUCGCGGCAGUGCUUCAUGUGGGGCCGCGGUAGCCUAGGACGCUGCGGCAUGGGAGAGAGCAAUGUGCUGAAACCCAAGGCCAUCCCCAACUUUGAAGGCCUUGCCUCCUUGGUCUUGGGCGGCGAUUUCUCGGCUGCUGUCAGCACAGCAGGGGACUGGUGGCUGUGGGGCAAAAACGAGGAAGGACAGCUGGGCUUCGGUGAAGAUCGCGAGAAUCGCUUGGCACCCUGCAGAUCACAUGCUUUGGCCGGCUUCAGACACAUCGCUCUUGGAGACUGCCACGCCGUGGCAUUCCGCUGA